AUGUUCUCGCAGGCGGCCAAGGCGAUCUCCAGCCCCGUGCCGGUGGAAUGGUACCCGACGCUGGCCGUCGUCAUGGUCUCCGUCGGCCUCAUGCUCACCGCAUCCUUCUUCAUUUAUGAAGCCACGACUUCAAGGCGGAACCGUAGUUUAGCAAAGGAGAUUGUCACAGCGUCCAUUGCUUCCGUCUUCCUGGGCUUUGGAUCUCUCUUCGUGCUCCUUGCAAGCGGUGUUUAUGUCUGA